AAAUAAAGGCCCAGACGCGGAUUUCGCUUGAUCAAAACAGCGGAGGAGCUUUUGUUCUUCUUUUCCCUAAAACACAGCAAAAUGCCCAAAGUAAAGAGGAGUCGGAAGCCGCCUCCAGACGGCUGGGAGCUCAUUGAGCCCACUUUGGACGAGCUGGAUCAGAAAAUGAGAGAAGCUGAAACAGAGCCUCACGAGGGGAAGCGAAAGGUGGAAUCCCUCUGGCCAAUUUUCCGGCUGCACCAUCAACGAAGUCGAUACAUCUACGACCUCUUCUACAAAAGGAAAGCCAUCAGCAGAGAGCUGUAUGAGUAUUGUAUAAAGGAGGGCUAUGCAGACAAGAACCUGAUCGCCAAGUGGAAGAAGCAGGGCUACGAGAACCUGUGCUGCCUGCGUUGCAUCCAAACACGAGACACCAACUUUGGAACUAACUGCAUCUGCAGAGUCCCCAAAAGCAAGCUGGAAGUUGGACGUAUUAUUGAAUGCACUCACUGUGGAUGCAGAGGAUGCUCUGGCUGAGAGCAAUUUUUUUGGACAUCCUUUUCUGUUGGACAUCGGGGCUCAACCGACCUCCCCUCAGUGUACUAUCCUAACCUUUUUAAAGCAUUUCAGUCACUGGUUUCUUCCCAAUCAUCUUCAGCUGCCUUUAUAGAGAGCAGUAUUUAGUACUGUUCUACUUUUCAACACAAGGGGGGUGCAGGGAUAAGACAUCGAGAGGGUCCAUACUGUGCUAAUUACAUUUGUUUUGUGUCUUUUUUUUUCUAUAUACCCGAGUGAAGCCCUAUCUUUUAAGAUGUUUAGAAUAGUUGUUUCUGGAUCAGGCUCGUCAUUCCAGCUGUGAAGGUCAUUUUCAAUUCUAAUACGUGUCAUUUUAUUUACAGAGUACUGGGAGGGAAAGUUUUUUUUCUUUGUACAAAACUGAAAAUGUAAUUGCUUCAAACCUGACAACUUUUUUCUUCAUUGAUGUAUGAUUUUAAAUAAAACAAUUCAGAUUUACUUGUUCUCUUUUGCU